GCUCGACCUCCUUCGCCCCCAAGCUGACGCCCUCGUUUCUUCCCUCUUAGCUGCCAAUUAGGGAACUGUGGUCUUUUGUCUUUCUCAUUCAUGUCGUGAAUCGUCUGCACCCCUAACUCAUAAUGAAUGGGUAUUCCAAACAUCACCUGGACGAGGAUGCGUUCGGGGAAAAGCCCGGGUUGCAGGGCGGGCUGAAGACAUUCGAUGCCUUUCCCAAAACCAAAGCAACCUACACGACCCCAACCCGGCGCGGCGGCCAAUGGACCGUCCUCAUCCUCGCCGUGUGCACGCUCUUCUCCCUGACCGAAUUCCGCACCUGGCUAAAAGGCACGGAGACGCACCACUUCAGCGUCGAAAAGGGCGUCUCGCACGACCUGCAGCUCAACUUCGACACCGUCAUCAAAAUGCCCUGCGACACCAUCCACGUCAACAUCCAAGACGCCUCCGGCGACCGCAUCCUAGCCGGCGAGAUGCUCAAGCGCGAGCCCACCUCCUGGCAGCUGUGGAUGGAGAAGCGCAACCAGGAGCUGUCCGACGGGAGCCACGAGUACCAGACGCUGAAUCAGGAGGACGAGGCGCGGCGGCUUGAGCAGGAGACGGAUACUCAUGUGGGCCAUGUGCUCGGUGAGGUAAGGCAUAAUCCGCGCCGCAAGUUUCCCAAGAGUCCGAAGCUGCGGAGGGGGGAUAUGGUGGACUCGUGCCGGAUUUAUGGCAGUCUUGAGGGGAAUAAGGUGCAGGGGGAAUUCCAAAUUACGGCGAGGGGACAUGGGUAUAGGGACUUUCAGGGCCAUUUGGAUCAUUCUACAUUCAACUUCACGCACAUCAUCAACGAACUCUCUUUCGGCCCGCACUACCCAACAAUCGCCAACCCGCUCGACAAAACCAUUGCCUCCACCGAAUCCCACUACUACAAAUACCAAUACUUCCUCUCCAUCCACCAUCCCGCCCCCUCGCCCGACACGCACCGCUCCUCCCGCAACCUCGUCUUCACGAACCAGUACGCGGCAACCAGCCAGGCGACCCCGCUGCCCGAGAGCCCGUUCUUCAUCCCGGGCAUCUUCUUCAAGUAUAACAUCGAGCCGAUCCUGCUGCUCAUCAGUGAGGAGCGGGGGAGCUUUCUCUCGCUGUUGAUCAGACUGGUUAAUACCGUGUCUGGCGUGGUUGUCACUGGCGGCUGGCUGUAUCAGAUUUCGGGGUGGCUUGUUGAGUUGAUUAGGAGGAAGAGGCGUGGUGUUAGUGAGGGGGUGUUGAAUGGGAGGAUUCAUCAGAGUGAGGAGUAGUUCUUUCGUUCUUAUCUGAUAGUUUAUUUGCUCUUAACCCUCAGGGUUGAGUUGACAACGCUUGUCUUUGUUGGUUUUGUUUGGUCUGUAGGUUAGCUAGCUCGCUUGUCUGUUCGGUGUUUACUGUUUACAUACCAGGUACUUACUUAUAUUUUGUACAAUUGAUUUUUAUGGGUAUUCUUUA